CAGCAGGCGGAGACAGAAAGACGGAAAAAAGCUUUGACAACGGCGCGUGAAGGAUAAUACACAGUUAGGAGUUAUUGUUUGUGUUGCUAACCGUACAAACACGACUCUUUCAGAACGAAAGUGUUUUUUAAAGGUGUUGUAAAAGGAUAAUGAGGACGGAUGUGCCUGAUAUUGCCUGUCCCCGGAUGGACGCUGGAGAAGUUCAGGAGUAAAUGGCGCUGAGCCCCAGUACUGUGCAGGCUCUGAGACAACAGGAGCUCCAUGAUGGCUAGCGGACAGGGUGGUCAUGUUGAUCGUCCCCUGCUCUCAUCCUUCAGGCCAUCUUCAGCUCCUAAACUAAAUGUGCAGCGCUCGCUAUCCCGAGAGACCAUCACCAUCCAUUUCUCUGCAAUGGGGAAGGAGGAGGAUCAGGAGGAAGAGGGCUUAUACGGACCCUUAGACCUGCCAAGCGACGCAAUGACGAACAGUCAGGGAGUAGUAACGGCUUUGGAAGCAAGUGAAGACCUUGUUCUUGAAGGAGAUACAGAGGUGAAGUCUGUCAGUAAUGUUGAUGUUGAGUCCCUUUCAGCCAUGUCAGGUCAACAGAACACUAAUAAGCAGGAACACAGUUUUACUUGCUCUGCUUCUGCUGAGCCUACGAAGGGGACAGGAUCCGCAUCAGGCUCCACUAACUCCUCACCUUCCAAAUCAGUGUCCCUUCCCUCAAUGGACAAGGCUUUUCUCAACCUCAUAAAGUCUUUGUCUACAGAUUUGGAGCCCCGGGAAGGAGUCCCCGCUCCUCCGUCUUUGCGCCAUCGGCAGUUGAUGAAGAAUCUGGUCAAAUCUUUGUCUACAGACACAACCCAGGAUCCCACAGGAUCAAACCGCUCUUCAGACUCCCGCCUCAACCUGCAUCUCUUCAAACAGUUUACCCAACCCCGAGCCACUACAAGUGCAGGAGACUCCAAAACUGCUCCAUCGUCUCCUUUAACCUCACCUGACAACCGCACCUUCUCCUUCAAGGUGUCAGAGGUGGAGGCACGCAUUGAAGACACGAAACGCCGUCUUUCAGAAGCCAUUUCAGAUCCUUUGCACUUGAUUAGCAAGUUCAUUGGAGAUGACGCUUCCAGUAUUUACAGGCCUAAACCUCUUUCAUCCAGUGCCACAGAAUUGACAAGUUUUUCCACUCUGAAUGGCCAUCUUGAAAGCAACAAUAAUUACAGUAUCAAGGAAGAAGAAGGUGACCUGGAUGGUGAAGAUGUUACCCCAGAGGCAACUGAGCUGGCCUCAGCUGCUGAAAGCAAGACUGCCAAACCUUGUACAUCCUCUCUGGGACUGGAGAAGUGCUCCAUGUCCGCACUGGCCAAGCAGGAUGACGAAGAGUUCUGUGAACUUUACAGUGAAGAAUUUGAGUUCUCUGUGGAUACAGAGGGGCAGGUUGAUCACACUGAGGACACAAAGCCUGGAAGUGGUGCUUCCAAGCCUGCUAGUCAGAGCACAAACACUUUUAGUGAAGAUGAGAUAGAGUUGGUAUCGGCAUGUAGUAUUCCACAUAAGACUUUGUUAGCUCUGACCGUCAUUACCUAUGGAUACUUUAUUCUACCUUUGCCCACAUACCUUACAGGAAUGUUGCUGGGUGUAGCACUAGGAUUCAUGCUAGCCAUUGGUGUAGUGUGGCUAACAGGCCCAAAGCUACCAGGAAUUAGACGUUUAAGAGCACCGCGUGAUCUGUGGAACGUGGCGCAGUUGGAUAUCAAAGAGCCAGGCAUCUUCAAGGGAUGGAUGAACGAGAUUCAGAACUACAACCCGGAAAAGUACCAUGCAACACUGACCCACUCUGUGUUUGUGCGCUUGGAAGGCUCAACUUUGCGGAUCUCCAAACCCAACAAGAAUAUCGCCCGGCGAGCCAGUUACAACGAACCCAAGCCAGAAGUUACAUACAUCAGCCAGAAAAUCUAUGAUCUUACAGACAGCAAGGUGACCCUGGUGCCCCAGAGUCUCGCCAGGAAGCGGGUGUGGAACAAGAAGUACCCGAUACGCAUUGAGCUGGCCAAGCAGGAUGACUUCAUGUCUAAGGCAGAAGCAGACAGAGCCUCAGAAGAGAAGGAGAAUCAAGACAUUGUGGGCUCACAGGAAGGAGGAAGGGUGGGUUCAGACCGUGACCUGCCCACCAUCUACUUGUUUGGAAGGACAGGAAGGGACAAAGAGGAGUGGUUCCGGAGAAUUCUUCUAGCCUCAAAACUCAAAUCUGAAGCAGCUAAGAAGACAGCAAGCCUGCCAACUAGCAAGAGUGCUCCAGUGCUGUCCCAUAGCCGCAGCAGUAGCAGAGGCAGUCUGGAUGAGCUCCUGUCAUCCCAGGCAGCUAAGAAAGAGUCGAGUGUAAGUGCCAGACAGAGGUCUCUGUUGGAAUACAGUAUCUACAUGGCAAACUACAUCGGUCCUUCUAAAGCAACCAGUGCCAACACCAGUCCUGGAGAAAGCCCACACAGCAGCCCUGGGGUGGGCAAAAAGUUGCCAAGCAGCCCGGUAAAAGAAAAAGAGGAGGUGUCUGUGAGCUGGCUGAACGCUCUGAUUGGCCGGAUCGCGUGGGAUUUCUUCAGGGAGCAGCACUGGUCUGAAUGGGUGUCCAGGAAGAUACAGAUGAAGCUCAGUAAAAUCAGAUUGCCUUACUUUAUGAAUGAGCUGACGCUGACUGAGCUCGACAUGGGCGUGUGCACUCCCAGAAUCCUUUGGGCCUCUCAGCCCUCAGUGGAUCAUCAAGGUCUGUGGUUUGAUUUGGAAGUCUCUUACAAGGGUUCAUUCCUCAUGACUCUGGAGACGAAGAUGAACCUGUCGCGAUUGGGGAAGGAGGGUGAGGCUGUCGGCGAGUUUGGAAAAGAUGGGCACAGACCACGUACGUACUGCCUUGCCGAUAGCGAUGAGGAGUCGUCCAGUGCCGGGUCCUCUGAAGAGGACGAUGGGACGGAGAAUGUCUCUGAUAAAAACCUUCCACCGGGUGCAGAGGGAUACACUGGAGUCCACAGGCCGAGCAAGAUCAUGAAAUUCGUGGACAAGAUAACCAAGAACAAAUACUUCCAGAAGGCUACAGAGAAUGAGUUCAUUAAGAAGAAGAUAGAGGAAGUGUCAAACACACCACUUCUGCUCACUGUGGAGCUUCAGGAGUGUAAGGGAAUGCUGGCUGUCAACAUCCCGCCUCCCCCUACUGACAGGAUAUGGUACGGCUUCCGCAGCCCUCCUCUUCUGGAGCUAAAGGCUCGUCCUAAACUCGGAGAGAGAGAGGUGACGUUCGCACACGUUACUGACUGGAUAGAAAAGAAACUAGAGCAGGAGUUUCAGAAAAUCCUCGUGAUGCCAAACAUGGAUGACGUGUGGCUCACCGUCAUGCAUUCUGCCAUGGACCCUCGGUCAGACGUGAUGGUAACAGAGAGCAAGGGAGCCACGACAGUCCCCGAGGCUGACAUUCUAACCUCUGAGGGGCCGUGAAGGACCACUACUAGUUCUGGUAUUGGCCAAAUGAGAACUUAGGUUGUGGUUAGAAAAAGGGGGCCAUCAAGGGUGUUUUAUUCCUUGUGGAGUUUUUGAAGAAAAUGUGGAGGAUAUUAAGACAAUGCUGCUUUAAUUACAUUAUCAAUGAGAAGGUUCAUUCCUGUGGAAGAAAUAUGCGAGCACAAACAUGGAGAGUAUGUUUGGAGAUGGAGGACUUGAGAAAAAGAGUAAUGGGUAAUGUAGAUGCAGGAAGGACGACGACGUGCAAUGAAAAGCUAUGAAGGAAGAUCGAUGACUAUGCGAAUAUUUAAUCAGGUAAAGAUGGAAUAUCUGUAUUUAUGAGUGCAUAAAGUGUUCAAACAUUAACCUGUGAUUUAUAAUGAAGUGUGGCAGAGCAAAAGGUGUUCAACUCCACGUCUGGGAGAAUGAUUGCACUACGAUUUAGUACAUACUAAACAUCUUUGAAGAUUUUUUUUUUUUUUACAAACAGAUCUGAAUUUGAUUUCUGUGUGUAUUCUCUGCGCAUUUCAGCGCUUCUUGUGCACUAACACACCUGAUUUGGCUCUUCUUCUAAUUAUCACACUCUGCGUGAGCUGAAUGUGGAGGUAACACAUCAAGUCUUGGUGCAGACCGACUCAAAGACUACCCUCUGUAUGUGAUAGCAAGCUAUGUGAUUUUUGAUAAAUGAUUAGAUCUGUGGUAGGAUUGAUUGAUCUUGGAUCAGCUUUCAUGAUUACUGUGCCUGAGUACACUGCCCUCUAGGAAGUACUUUUCCUUGUACCUUGAAGGAGGUUAUUAGAAGACUAAUGUUUUGUGUGUGAGAGUUUAUAAGAGAAAAUGUAAAUGUCUAUGGGUAUAUUAAGGCGUAUGACCCACUGAUCUGCAUUUAAUAUGAUACUAGCAUCAAAUGCAUACAUCUAAACAAACAACUAAACAAUAGACCCGAGUGUCUCAUCUGAGCAUGUAAUUGUCCACAAUAUCACAGUAUAUCUGUCAGCAUAUAAACCCCUACCAGCACAUGCCUCCUGGGACAACACUGUGUUUAAGUGUGUGUUUGUGGUCUGUACUGGUUUACACUGCUAGCUCCAUUUCGAUAUGCACUGUAUCUAAACUCUCAUUGGAUACUUGUCAUUUAUCAGCCACCCUGUUUCUAAUUUCUCUACAUCACCUUUUCACUAGAGGCUUUUCCACACUCUAAAUUGAGAGCUGCACCUUUUUACCCAGUAGGGACCAUUGAUGUGGUUUUGCCUGUUAGUAACCAAAUACUGUGAUAUAACACAACACUAAUGAUGAUAUUUAUAUAGAGACACUCUGUCUAGCUGCAGCCAUACAACAUUAACUGGUUAACACACACUAAAAGAGUGAUUUAAAGUAAGCCAGCUUAUACCUAUACCCAUAAAACGUCAUGCAAUUUAAAGGUGCAGUCUGUAGUUUUUAAGUGGUUUUGGACCAAAUAAUCCUGUCAUAUGUGGCAGCCUGGGAAAACUUCAUAUGGUGAACUUUAUUAUACUUUAUUAUAACUUUAUUAUACUUCCCAUUUUUCUUGUAGACGUAUCUCAAACACAAAGAAAGUUAUAUCAUUUUUAAACUGGCCACAAAAAUUACAAACCGCUCCUUUAAAUUCCCCUGAUAAAUGCUCAUCUAAUGUUGGUUACCUCAUUAACACCAACAAAAUAACAUUACCUGUAAAACUAUUUGUUCACUAGCUAAAUAGAAUGCAAAACAUGAUGUGGUUACAGAGAUAUAUAAUUAAUUAGAAAAGAAACAUUUAUUAAAAUUAGGUCAUUAUUUCACCCCUGCAGUUUAUCUUUGCUUUGGCUCACACUUCUGCCCAAGCUUAGGCUUUGCCUGGCAGAGGGUCAGCUAGAAAGGGUUCCAGUUAUGGUGGUGCACGAUGGUAUACAAUCUGCUCGUGUGCUUAAUAUAAAUUUUUUGUUGUUGUUGAUAAUAUGGCAACGGUCACACAAUCAAAACUGGACCGUAAAAAACUUCAACAAGAUGAGAAACUUCCCAUGAGUACAUUCUUUAUCAUUAUCCUGUGAGUGAAUCAUCAUACCUCUCAGUGCCACAUUAGUGAGUGUGUAUGUGCAGGGGGGUAUGAUGGGGUAUAAUGGGGUGUUGAUGCAAUUAAUAAUAAUAGUACUAAUGUGUGUAUAUGUGUAUGUGUACAUAUAUAUACAUAUAUACAUAUAUACAUACAUAUACAUACAUGCGUGCACACACACACACACACAGUAUGCAGAAAGUAUGAUAGUAAUGAAUGUAUGAUUUUUGUAUUAUGUGUGUAUAUAGGUCUAGUGUAUACAGUUCACGCUACUAUAUAGAGUUUAUUAUUUGAUACAAAUGAAGAAAAUAUGAAGAUCUUUUAUUGAUAGAAAAAAAUGUAAUAUAUGUAUGUAAUUUAUGAGUGUAUGGCAAGCCGAUUUGCCUAAUAGGAAUCGAUUUGUAUUUAAAAAUCUCUGACCUUCCCAGUCCAGAUCCUAUGUGAAUGAAGCAAAUGACUUUGUUCCAUUUUCAGAGUUGUAAAAUCCAAGCAGUAAAAAAGCGAAAAUGUUAGUUUCGUGUCUGUUAGAAUUCCUACAUUUUGUUUGUUAGUUUGGGUUUUUUUCCAUCCAUCUUGUACAGCUGAGGCUUGGUGUGUUAAAUGCUGAUUAAACAGAGAUGAUAAAGCUUUAAACACUCACUAAUUGGUGUCUUACAGUCACCAUGGUGCCAUAAUGGUGCCAUAACUCGGCCUUGUUUGAGAUGUUACUAUAACUGCUUAAGAUAUCACUAUGGUUUAUGAUAUAGCAAUUUUCUUCACACUUUAUUGUGAUUUGUUUACUUCUUUAUGUUUCCAUUGGGAAGGAUAUUAACUUUAAAUGAACCUCAGCAGUUUUAUUUGAGCCUGUCUAUAAUAACUGUUCUUAUAUUGCUUUCUGAAUGAGUCAGCCUUAUUUCGAGAGCAGAAAUGCAGAGGUACUGCCCCAACCCAAAUGAACAAUUUUUCAUUCACAAGUGCUCACUUUUAUUUAAGGAUUUUGUAUGUUGAGCAUUAUGAUAUCAUAUAACUGAUUGCUGACCCAGGCACAUGCAUGAUAGAAAUGAAGUGUUGUAAAAAAUACUGUGAUACUGUGUAUUUCUUGUGUAUCCUGGUACGCUCAAACACAGUACUCCACACACUACUGGGAAACAUCAUGCCAAUGGUGCCGUGUGGGGUGUUGACAUCUUUCCCUUAAAUUGAAGUUCGAAACGUGUUUAUUCAUUUGUUUACAGUGAGGAACUAUGUUUGCUAUGAUAGAUCUCUCUCAGACAUUCACAAUGUCAUUUUUGUUUAUUUUAUUUUUCUUUAAUCAGCAAUGUAGGAAAUCUGUUAGUCUGUUUCUGAUUGAUUUUUUUUUUCUUUUUUGCCUUAAAUGUAGCUGGCGAUCAGGAGUUGGAACACCAUUAAUCACGUUCAACAAGGUUAAUUUGUAUUACUGAAUCAUCAGUGAAAGGAAGUGUAAUUUAAUAACAUUCUUAUUAAUAAUGAAGACUGUAACUGGAUCAGAAAUCUGUGUAUGCCAAUACGUGUGCCAGACUGUGUCAAAAAUCAGUGCAGUAUUAAUAAUAGAUUUGCUACUUCCUCUCCUUUGUUCACAGUUUGCCUUCUUCAGACAAGUGUUGCAAAAAUGCCAGCUUGUUUAUGAAUACUUUGCUUGCUAUUGUACAAGUGUCUUUCUUGAUUAUUAAAAUGUUAAAACUGUACGAAAUGUAAUUUUUCUUAAAAAGAUUGAAUAAAGAUUUUUCUUAUUUG